UCAACAUGACAACACCAAACCCAGUGGGGUGUACACCAUCUACCCUGGGGGUCCCACCACCCCCUUACAUGUCUACUGUGACAUGAACACGGAUGGAGGGAGGUGGACUGUGUUCCAAAGGAGAAUGGAUGGAACAGAGAACUUUUACAGACCCUGGGCACACUACAAAUCUGGCUUUGGUAAUGUGGCUGGAGAGUACUGGCUGGGUCUGGAUAACAUCUUCCUCCUGACGAUGAGGAAGAAGAAUGAGCUGAGAGUGGACAUGGAGGACUUUGAGGGAGGGAAGGUUAAUGCUAAAUACACGUCCUUCUCCAUUGAUCCUGAGAACUACGGAUACACACUGAGACUGGGCACUUAUGUAGACGGAGGGGCUGGGGACUCCUUGUCGUUUAGCAACGGCAUGAAGUUCAGCACCUACGACAAUGAUCAAGAUACCUGGGGAGAACACUGUGCCAGGCGCUACCUGGGUGGAUUCUGGUUCGGUGACUGUACGCAUGCUAACCCUAACUCCCUGUACGCCCCACAUCCGGAAACAUCUUUCACUCUUGUGUCUGUUUUUUGGCAGCACUGGAAAGGGGUAGACUACUCUCUGAAAAGCAUUUCCUUUAAGAUCAGGGCUGUCUCUGAUGCUAUGGCUGUCCAGGAGCAGGAGUAACAUACCUGACUCUAUCAGUCCUGACCUAAUGUCACCAUCUCUAAAUGACUCCACAAAUACAAUGUGGAGGACGGAGCACUAGAGCUAGCCAGUCAGACACUAACACCUAGAGAACAAUACGGUCACUACAUCAUCACUAUAACACUGACACCUAGAGAACAAUAUGGUCACUACAUCAUCACUACAGCACUAACACCUAGAGAACAAUACGGUCACGACAUCAUCACUAUAACACUGACACCUAGAGAACAAUAUUGUCACUACAUCAUCACUAUUAUUAUCAUCUUGGAUGUUAAUGUUUCAUGUUAUGACAGCACAAUGGGCUCUCUAUCUCUUAUAUGGUCACUACUGCAUCACUAUUAUUAUCAUCUUGCAUGUUAAAGUAGUGUUUCAUGUUAUAGCAGCACUAUGGGCUCUCUAUCUCUUAUAUGGUCACUACUGCAUCACUAUUAUUAUCAUCUUGCAUGUUAAAGUAGUGUUUCAUGUUAUAGCAGCACUAUGGGCUCUCUAUCUCUUAUAUGGUCACUACUGCAUCACUAUUAUUAUCAUCUUGCAUGUUAAAGUAGUGUUUCAUGUUAUAGCAGCAUGAUGUGCUCUCUGUCUCUUGAUUCCACUGUUACUUGACUCAAGUAAUAAUUAAAGCAUUUCAA